AUGAUGUCGACUCCCGUCUCAUCCAGCUUAAACGUCCCGACCACGCAGAACACCGCGCCCGUGAUCAAGUUCCGAUGCCUGUUCACCCAUGAUCUGCGGCGCAAAGCCAAACGCUGGCAAGAUGGGUACCUCCGAUUUCACACAUUCAACAAGCGGGUCAUGGUCUACGAUACUACUGGAAACUUUGUCGGGGACCUACAUUGGCGACAUGACGAAAGCAUUCAGGAUGGCGACGAGCUGGAGCUGGACCGAGGCCUGAUAAUUCAAGUGUGCGAGUCGAUGGAGAAGACAGAGACCGAUAUCUCGGCCCUCUAUGCGAAAAAGUCCAGUCAAGGGUCUCCAUCACGUCCGGCAGAUCCGGCGACUCCCUCCGUCCGCUCGUCAACCCCCUUACGAUCAUCGCUUUCCUCCCAGCCGUCGCGGUCGUUAAACGAUCUCUUAGGGAUCAAAAAGACUCCGAUCGGACAUCUGGUUUCUCCCCACACAGACAAGGCCUCGCCUCGGUCAGCAAAGGUCGAUCAGCAAGAAUCCCAGCGGGCCACCAAGCGCCAGAAGACGGCUUCCGACAGUCAACCGCGCCCGUCACUGCCCAGCCGUUCAAGCCGAGCUCAGCCCGAGGUCAUUGACUUGUCCGAGUCACUCGAUUCUACAGAACAGCGCGCGUCGAAAACCGCCCCUGGUCGUAUUGAAAAACCCCGAGCAGAUCCGGUUCCCUCACGAAUCACGUCUAGCUCUUUGUCUACUCCUGGUACAAAGCCGAAAACCGCUACUGAGAACCUCGGGAUUGACAAACCUCGGUCUGCCACCAAUAAUGUUCCAAGGCCAUCGUCACGUAUACCCCCGGACAGACCUGUUAAUACGCUACGACUUUCAAAUGAAAAACCGCGUAAAAAGUUGAUGUACAGUGCGCUUUUGCCUAGCCAGGCGCCAUCGAAAGCGUCCACGGCGCCGUUGUCGGAAAAGACCAAUAGGCUCGUAAGGGACAAGUCGCAGGAUGCGCCGACGGUAACUCCCAAUCGUCUACCGCCAAAUCCUGACUUCACACCCUCCGCUUCCACGCAAUUUGCCCUAGAUGAAAUGAUCGAUGACCCCAUACAUCCCAAGACAACGGUUCCCUCAAAAUCUAUAUCCUCUCGACCGUCGGCGCCGUCUCCGUUGCUAUCAGCGGCCAUCCGUCACAAUGCCCAGGCGCAGGCGCAGGGUCUUCCGACGAGCAGAUCCUCGACAGGUCUUCGCAAAUCGUACUCAGAUCCGACCGCGUUGACAAGCGCAAAUAGUCUUCAAAAUCGAACGGCUCCUUUCACAAGCCCGUUGAACAGGGAUGACGAUGAUACCAAUCGCGAGCAAGGACCAUGGACGACCGAAGCUCUCGAUCUCUUCGAUUUUUGGCCGCCAGGACGUCCCAAACCCGGCUAG